AUGCCGGCGCCCUGUGCGCACGAGAGCAUCUGCAACCUCCUGCCCCGCCUGGAGGAGAAGCCUGUCAAACCUCCCAGGUAUGUAUCCAUAUUUCGACCAUCCGUGAAACGUGACGCUGAGGAAAAUAAAGCUCACUGGAAAACUAUGGGACCAGCAAAAGUUGCAGUGCCAUCUCCAAAAAAUUUUCUGCAGAAGCACUCAAAGGAACCCAAGCUACCAGCAAGAAAAAAAGAACAGGAUAGUAAGAAACUGCCUGCACUAUCAGUGCCACGGAGGACAGAUCACCCAGUUAUGGGAAUUCAGAGUAAAAAGAAUUUUAUAAAUACCAAUGCAGUUGCUGCUAUCACAGGAUUGCCUAAAAAGCCUCAACCUAUUUGUGUUGAUAGAAGACAGGGAGAUAAAUAUCUGCUUGAAACUUCAGGACUUGUUCCAAAAUAUAUUAAAAAAAAGGAUUAUGGUGUUACACCAAAAUAUGUAAUACGGAGAAAUGAAGAAAUGAAGAAUGCUCAGAAAGAGUAUGAGGCCAGUGUCUUGGAGCAUUUCAAGAAAAAAGCCAUGAAACAGCUGUCUGAUGAAGAAAGGAGAAGCCUUCUGCAGGGGCUGAAAAAGAACUGGGAGGAACUGUAUCGUGAAUUCCAAGGUCUUCCAGUAGCAAUAGACACCAUACCCAAGAAGCUCUAUAAAGAAAAGCUCGAAACACAGAUGAAACAACUGGAGCAUGACAUAGGAGUAAUUGAGAAGCACAAAGUUAUCUACAUUGCAAAUGAGUAA